AUGGAGGAGGUGAUGGAGGAGGUGCUGGAGGAGGUGAUGGAGGAGGUGCUGGAGGAGGUCAACAUCUCUGUCAAUCAUGUGGUCAUCAGCGCCGCGUCCUCAGCGUCUGCGUCCUCUGUCGGCGUGGAGACGAGUCCAGUCCUGUCACUCAUCACACACUGCCCCCAAUGCGAGAGCCAGAGCUGGUUGUACUGUGGAGAAUCGGGACUUGGCCAUUCAGAGUGGGUUGGAGAAAUAGCCAACUCAUCUCUGAGCACGAGGUUGAAACAAGAUGGCGAGCCUUCCCUGGACCUUCUGAACUCUAUCCAUCUGAGAGUUAACACCCUCUGUUGGACUGAACUCAUACUCCUUCUAAACUGGUAG